UAACAGCGUAUUUUUAUUAACUACGUUUCCCGUGUAAACUUUUAGUGUAUUAUUAUUCUGUCACGGAUCGCAAUCCAUAGUGUUUAACAAUCAUGGUGUUUUAUUGGACAAAUACUGGCAAAAAAAUCAAUGCGCGAAUAGAGCAGAAAUCUCCUAACAUACUACAUUUAUCAAUCGAAAACACAGAGCUCAAUCGCGAGGGUUUACUGCGGUUAAAGCUGGGCUCGAUAAUUCUGAUUAUGUAUGCAUGUUUAAUUUGGACAUUUGAGCGAUCCUGCAACGUUAUGUGGGCUCACGGAUUUUUUGCAUUGCUACUAUUGAUAAUUUCUUUAAGUUGCAUCAAAAUAGUAAGAGGCGAGCGUCUGGUCUUAGUUAAAGAUUUUGCCUUGCAAUAUUCAACACACUUUAUGACUGGAGGUACAAAAACUGAACUGAUUCCAAUCAAACACAUUCAUGACGUGGUUAUCAAUGAAAUAUUCUGUAAUAGUCGUCGCAGAACCAGUACUAUAUCAAAUUUUUGUGACGCAAUGAUACUAAAAAGAAUGAUUAAUCACGGUUGUUUUAUAGGAUCAUCACCAAAGCUGUGAGCUGAUGUUGAUCGAGUCCGCGUACGGUUAACGUCACGAAGAAAUUGAAAGCUUUAAUUUAAUAGCAAACCCUUUAGUAAAAACGUUUUUUAAGACAUGGCCCUUCUAUAUCUGUUUUCACUUAGGACCCAUUUCUCGACCGAUUUAACAACAGCCAUAAACAUUUAUUCUGCCUCCAUUAAUAAUAUUUAAGUGAAGCUCAACUUUCUUCGUCCCACCCACCCACUCUGCGGGGGGCGUAAGAAAACAAAAUGUUUGGAAGACUUGUCUGCCGAUGUCUCUUUUCACCGGUUCGAUUAGGUUGUGUGCAAGGGAAAAGUGAGCGCCGCAAUAGCGACGCGAAGAUAAGUUCACGUUAUUUCUACGCUAGGAAUUGUCAACAAACCAGCGAAUUGAAAAUAGAAACUUUGACUCUGCAGUUGGUUAUUAGAGUACAAGACAAAUACGGAGUCUAGUGCAACGAUCCUACUGAUUCUAGCAAGACCUCCCAGUCGGCAUUCAAACGAUGACGACUGGCUUGUUCGAUAAGCAUUGUACCUCAAAGCUAACUGUGACUACUCAGCUUUAAUUUAAAUUUUUAGAAAAAUAUAUAUGUUAAUCACUCCCAUGGAUAGGUGGUUUGAAGUGUAGGGUAACCAACCUAUUUUGUAAUGUAAUGCAAAUGUAAUGUAAUGUUAUGCAAAAUAAUCCAGAUUUAUCAACAAUAAUUCAGAAUGAGUCUAUUAAUCUGAAUAAGUUUGAUUUAAACGGAGAGUCGAUAUAUUUAACUGUAUGCAGCGUUGGGCUCCGCUAAUUCGCUGACCGAUACAAUUUGCUAGAUAAUCGUGGAAAUUUCGCUAAUCACUAAUCGCAAACUGCAAAUUAACAGUCACUAUUUAUUUUUGAACAUAUCGCAACAACUUGCAUCUAUCACUGUAAAAA